AUGGAGGGCAAGGCUGACACCUUGUUACAGACUCGCAUCGCCUGCAUACAGGAGAUGAUGUGCAACUGCGACAUCGCGGUAAUGGCAAACAAGGCUUACACUUUGAUUUUGGUAUGCAAGGUCUGCAAGGUUUACGAGGUUUUCCGCAAGAAGUUGCUUUGCAAUACUUCUUACAUGGCGCUGUACGGCAUGGCACUCUACACGGCACUCUACACGGCACUCGGCACGGCACCCGACAUGGCACCCGACACGGCACCCGACAUGGCAGACGACACGGGACCCGACACGGGACCCGACACGUGA